UUUGGUGCCACUUUCAUCUUUAUCAUCCGCACUGCUGCUCUGCUUUCGCCAACCUUUUUAGAAAACAGCUAGGAUGGUGUCGCCUGCUAUCGCUCUGGCCUUCAUUCCCCUCCUGCUGACAAUUAUUAUCCGGUGCCGCUACUACUUUGUGCUGUUCUAUCGGGCGGUCCUGGUCAGGAUAUGGAAGGACUGUGUUACUGGCCUGAGUCGCGAGGAGCGGGCCUACCAGUAUGUUCUCACUCAUGCCACCCCUGGAGACCCCGACAGCAUCCUGGACGCCUUCGAUGUCUGGUGCAGCAAGGUGGAGUUCAUCAGCAACAUUGGACCUAAAAAAGGGAAGAUCCUGGACCGACUGCUGAUGGAGCAGAGCCCUCUGACAGUGCUGGAGCUGGGUGCCCACUGUGGGUACAGCACUGUGCGGAUCGCCCGGUCUUUGCCCCUGGGUGCUAGGCUCUACAGCCUCGAGAUGGACGCGAGGAAUGCUGUUAUCGCUGAGAAAAUCAUCCGCCUGGCAGGUUUUGACGAUGAUACGGUGGAGCUCAUCGUAAAUCCAUCUGAUGAGGUGAUCCCUCUGCUUCGGUCUGACUACGGUUUGGAAAGGCUGGAUUUUGUCUUCAUGGACCACUGGAAGAAAUGCUACCUCCCUGAUCUGCAGAUGCUGGAAGGCUCUGGUCUGCUGGGAAAAGGGUCUAUGAUCGUGGCUGACAACGUGCUGUUCCCCGGGGCUCCAAAGUUCCUCAGAUACAUUCGCAAGAGCGGCCUGUAUGAGUGGAAGGUCCAUCGGGCCACACUAGAGUACAGCAAAGGCAUCCGGGAUGGGAUGGCUGAGCUGGUGUACCAGGGAAUCAAGUAGAUCACGCAGACUGGG